AGCGCUGGUGAACUUUGUUGCGCAUGUAUUUUCCCCGAGAGAACGAGGCACGUAAGGGAGGCAGACCGCAUGGCCUCGUCAUUUCUGCAUUAAUUUUCAUUUAUUUGAUAUAUAUUUUUAGGAAUCCAAAGCAGGAUCAAAUUUUGAUUAUUUUGACUUCUUUAUUCGCAUAAAUUUCGCAUAAUGCCGAGAUAUAUAAAAACUUUUGAACCCAUUGAUGAUUUUCUUGCUUCGCAAGGACUCGUGAGGAAAAUCACGGCGAAGGAUGGAUCUUGCCUUUUUCGAGCGGUUGCAGAACAGGUGUUCCAUACGCAAGCCCUCCACAACGAUGUCCGCCAAGCCUGUAUCAGGUUUAUGGAGCGCAAUAAGGAGCACUUUGAACCUUUUGUUGAAGGUCCAUUCGAACAGCACCUAGACAAAUUGCAGACUGCAAAGGAAUGGGCUGGUCAAGUGGAAAUCAGUGCUUUGUCAUUAAUGUACAAGAGAGAUUUCAUCAUAUAUCAAGAUCCUGGGAAACCCCCAAGUAAUGUGACUCAGAAUGGAUAUCCUAACAAAGUGCUUCUAUGUUUCUCCAACAAUAAUCAUUAUGACAGUGUAUUCACCAAGCAGUACCAGAAUAGUCUUGGGGUGUGUCAGUCCAUUGUCUAUGAGAUCUUAUACAAGAGAGUGUUCAACAUUGCCAAGGAGGCUGAUGAAGCUGUAGAGGUCUUACGGAACUCACCAGGCAAGAAGCCCCAUUCAAGACAUUAUGGAUACUCAGAUCAUGGGCCUAAUGCAGGAGGAGAUUCACUCAAUCAACGAUCGCCAAGGAGACAUGAGGAUGAGGAACGCGACAGGUUUGGAAGACUGAGGAUAGAAAAAAGACGUCCUCCUCUGCCUUACAAGGUAGCCAAGGCUUUGGAUCCAGAUAUGUACAGGAAUGUUGAAUAUGACUGCUGGAAUGCAGGAAACAAAGAGCAAGUACAUCAGGACUAUCUGCUGGCCACAGGUUUGCAAUUUUGUCCUGGAGACAAAGUACAGGUGGUCAUUGAUGAUAGUAAGAAAUGGUACAGUGCUCAUAUCCAGGAGGUCAAGCCAGAUAAAGGACCCAUUACAGUCUUUGUGGAAGAUCUAGGAGAAAAGUAUGAGAUUCCAGUGAAAAAUGUGAAACCACACCCCUCCAAUCCACCAAGAUCAUGGACUGUAGUUGGCCCACGUGGGAGCUUUAAGGGUGCGUCAAACUAUCACCAGAAAUAUAGUAAUGGUGUUCAGAAUGGGGAUUUCAGACCAAGAACCAAACCACCUGUCAAAUGGGGGUCGCGUGGUCAGAACGUGAUGGUAUUGGCCCAGUCUUUCCCCCCUGGAGGGGAGCCCAUGGGUGAAGGUCAGAAUAUACCCUAUCAGAUGAGAGGCCAGCAGAAUGGAAGUCAUAAGGGACCAAAAUCACCCUCUCCAUAUAGGUCUACCACACCACCCCCUCGGUUUAUGAACAGGGGUAUUGAGGGCCACCUGGAGCAGAUAGGGAGAGGGAGAGCUCCGGGGUACCAAGGAGCACACAUGAUGCAAGAUAACAGGGGAGGCAGAGGACGAAUGUGUAACCCCGGUAUGCAGGGUGGUGGGUAUCCUUAUGAAGGUGAUACAUGUAUAUCCAGUGAAGAGAUGGAGGAUAGGAAGUCUUUUGAAGAGAACAUGGUCAUCUACGAAGCUCAAGAUCCUACCAUGUUUCCACCACUGCAUUCUAAUUGCGGACUUCAAGGUGGUCCAGGCAGCAAUCCAGCUCAAUUCUGGAGUAAGAUGAGGAAAGAUGGUAGGAGAAGCAUAUCACCACAGCAACGGAUGGACUCGCCAUCGCCACAUAUGACAGACAAGAGAGGAUCUGAUCCUAUGGAUGCCAUGUUACCAGGGCAGUUUCAGGAUAUGAUGCUGUCAAGUCAAGAUCAAAGAGGCUUAGAUGCGGGUUGUAUGGAUCAACGUUACAGUCCAAUUACCACCAUUACUGAUGAUGGCAUGAUACACCCCUCCACCUCACCAUCCAUACCUAAGAGUGCUACACCAUCUAGUCUUAGUGUCAGUCCCUCUCUAGACCCACAAUCAGGGUCUCCUCCUACCAUAGCUCCGGCAGGGUACGUGCCACCUAUGGCCAUGGGACUGCCAUUCUACCAUUUCUUCAUUUCAUUGACAGACUGGAAUAUAUCAGGAAAUGUCAACUUCAACACACAAAUUUCACGAGAUCCAAACGGCAGUGAUCUACCACUAUCAGAUAUCAGCACAUCUCGAUUCUUCUUCAAUUUGGGUGUAGAGUACUACCGAAGGGUUUGUAUGAUCCAGCAGCUACAACACCAACAGUGCUACCAAUUCCCUGCAUCAGGCCAUGUCCCCCAACAGCAGCAGCAGCCUCCACAACAUGGAACCUCCCCGGCCUACACCCACAUGAUGCCCCAUGCCACUGGUAUCGGCAUGGUUGGCCCACCCAUGGGCGGUGGCGGUGGCGGUGGUGGUAAGGGUAUGUAUGAUGUAGGAGGUGGGGUGGCAGUUCUCGCCUCCGGUGGUUGCGGUGCUGGUGGUGCCGGUGGUGGAGGAGCAGGUGGACAAGAAGACGAUGACCAGCAGGAUGGACAGGUUGGAUAUGAGGCUCAUGGUGGUCAAGGAAGAAACUUCAACCAGAGCUACAUGUCUGAGCCGAUACCCAUCAACAGUACAGCUAUUUCUCAACCUAACAGUACUGUAUAUGCUAACAUGUGCAAUGUAGGAGGUGAAACCUAUGUCCCUGUGGCCUACCAGUCACAAGGCAUGCAGCAUCAAAGCCCAGUUCCAGCCAAUCAGAUGGGAGUGGCAUCUACCACCCAGAACCCUUACAUGUACUCCCAACCAGUAACCGCACCCAUGGGGUACACAGGGGGUAAGAUGCUGCCACACCCUAACCCCCAAGCAGCUUAUUCUCCCAACAACCCUGUUACCUAUGUCCAGAUGGCCUCACCUGCAGUGUCUCACCAGCAGCAACAUCAUCCACAACAUCCACAACAAACCUGCUUAGCCAUGCAAAACAACCAAGGCAAUGUUGUAGCAUCAAGCAGUGGCCAGUAUUCAACUCACAGCACCUCGGUGGUAAGCAACAGCAGUUGCAGCAGCCAAGAUAGUGGUAUCCUGAGCUGCAGUCCUCCGCAGGUGCCGUAUGCCGCAAGUGGCCAGUAACGAGUUGACCUUCUGCCUAGUUGGUAAGCAACUUUGUGGUAAGCCAUAUAUAAGGAACAAUUACAGAACCUGUUGGAUAGAGUUGUAAAUGUCAGCAAGUCAUCCAUUGUGUUAGAGCUGAAAUAAUGGAAUGCAUAUAAUACAUCGAUGAAAAUGAUGUAAUGGUGCUAUCAGUAACAAAGACUACAGGAGUGUGAUUGUGUUAACAGAGUGGAGUCUGAACAAAAUGAUUGCGAAUGCCUACAACAGUUAUUUUUCUGCAAAUUUCUUGUUUGUUUGCAUUUUAUAGAUUAAGUAUUUUGAGAUGUGCCUUAUUUGGGAAAAUGUUGUACAAAUUGGUAUUUAGUAACAAGGUGUUAUAGUGAGACAUGUACUUAAAUUGAUGGUGGAUUAGCCCUUUAAGGCAAAGAGUUUAUGCAAUGACCGUUCAGGGGUUUUUUUUAUGUUGAAAAGUAAGAUGUAAUUUUACUAUUGCUUUAAACAAUUUUACUUUCCUUUUUGCCUUUGAUCUUUCUCUUCAUUAAAAUACUAUUUGAUUAUUUCCACAUUGAGUACACUGAUUCAUCCUUAUGCAUGUAUGUAUGUACAUGGAAAAAAUACAACUCGUAUUAGUUUAAUAUACGGUAACUAGUUUAAAAUACUUGAAAUAGUUCUAAAGGAAUUGUGCAGAAGAAAUGUAUAUAAUAAUGUAUGUAUUUGAGAUCUAUACUAAGCACAUGUAAAAAGGAAAUUUGAAAAGGCAAAUGGAAAUGUGUUCCACAUUAAAGUAAGUAUAGAAGUAAUAUAUAUAUAAUAUAAGAUUUGGCCUCCUCAACUUUCCUAUUGGCAAUGAUGAAGAGAAAGAGAAAGGUGGAGUGAAUUUAUAGUAUCUUCCACAUUGCAAAUUCCUUCCUGAGAUAGACUGGUCUCUUCUUAAUUCAUUAAUACAGUACAUUUACAUUGCUAUCAUUAUAAUCUGAAGUGAAUGUGCACUGCCUAAUCCUUUAGAAGUAACACACAACAAUGUUUGUUUUUUUACAUAAAUCACAAUAAAUGUAAGUUAAAACAUCUCAACCAUUUCUUGAUCUAUACAGAUUUCUUUUCUGCAUAAUUUUCACCUAAACUUGACAAUUGACAAUUAAAAUGAGAAUUUUUGAAAUAAAAUGAAUACUCCUCCCCUCCCCCAAGCUAUUAGUCUAUGUCUUCCAUGUUGAUUAUCUACAACAUGAUACUUCAAAACAUUCCCAUUGAUAUGUAUAUAUCACAAUAUAUUAUAUUUUUGGAUAUAUACUCAAAAAUGUUUCAUCAUAUGUUGUUUGAAAACAAUAUGGAAGAUGUAAAAGUGAUACCUUGUCUUAUAGAUACCUAAGCUAGGCGAUGGAUUGAACUUGAAAUCAAAGAAAUUUUUUGGUGGAAAAAAAAUGUUGGUUGAAUGCUCGGGUGCAUUUUUAGAAUCAAAUCUUCGUAAAUCAGAUGCAUUUCAUCAGAAAUAUAUGCUACAUAUGUCUACCACUUAAUAUGCAUUUUAUUGUGUACUCCAAUGUUGUUUAUGUUAAUUCCUAGUUUAGAUUAUUUUGCAAUGUAUUUAUCUUGUGUUUUGUUAUGUUGAAUAAUGGGUUGUGCUUC